AUGGUCCGGUACCUCGAAAACCACAACAUCGACAUCCACCUCGGAAGCGAACGAUAUGCGGCAAGCCCAACGGCGCUCUGGAUGAUCAGAUUCCUCAAAUCAAUCGACAGCAUCCGGCUUCUCCUCCAGCAUGGCGGCCCGGUAGACCACAUGGACGAAGAUAUCCGCAACGUAGACAAACCAAGAAUGACAGCUAUCCUGCGAGCCACCGGCGGUGACCGUGCACCAGUGCGCUUUGAAACGGAAGAGAACGCGAGGAAGCAUCUUGUUUCCGCGCUGGCCGACUGCCAAGGAGGGGCAAGGAGCGAGGGAGUUGAAUAG